CUCUCUCUCUCUCUCUCUUUCUCUUUCUCUGAACUGUACUUAAUCUGAAGAGAAUUGAAAGAGCAGAAUCAUCAGUACUAGUGCCAUGGAUCCAUGCCCAUUUGUACGUUUGAUCAUCGAGUCAUUAUCUCUGAAACUCCCCACCGCCACUAAACCCGCCGGUCCCGGAGUUCACCCUUCCACGACCCCAUGCUACGCCAAGUUGAAAUUCAGCAAUUUCCCUUCCCAAACUGCCCUUCUCCCUCUCUGCUCCCCCGCCCUUCCCAAGGACGACGAUUCCUCUCCCUCCGACUCCUUCGCCUCCGCCGAAGCCUUCCACCUCGAUCCCUCCGCCCUCCGCCGCCUCUCCGAAAAGCCCGCCGCUCUCAAGCUCUCCGUCUUCGCCGGCCGAAUGGGGCACACCUGCGGGAUCACCUCCGGGAAGCUGCUCGGCGUCGUGCAGGUCGCGGUUGAUCUCAGUGGGGCCCAAUCGAAACCGGUUUUGUUCCAGAGCGGGUGGAAGAGGCUCGGAGGCGGAGGUUCGGAUAAUAAACCGAUGCUGCAUGUGGUGGUUCGGUCCGAACCGGACCCCCGGUUCGUUUUCCAGUUCGGGGGUGAACCGGAGUGCAGCCCGGUGGUUUUCCAGAUCCAGGGGAGUAUCAGGCAGCCGGUUUUCAGUUGCAAGUUCAGCGCCGACAGGAACAACCGGACUCGAUCUCUGCCAUCAGAUUUUAGUUUGAACAAUAGAGGAUGGAUGAGAACAUUUUCUGGGGAUAGGGACAGGCCCGGGAAGGAACGAAAAGGGUGGAUGAUAAUAAUCUACGAUCUCUCGGGCUCUUCUGUAGCAGCUGCAUCUAUGAUCACCCCGUUCGUUCCAUCCCCGGGGUCUGAUCGCGUCUCGCGAUCAAACCCCGGGGCAUGGCUCAUCCUGCGCCCCAAUGGCCCCUCGGUUAGUAGCUGGAAGCCCUGGGGCCGCCUCGAGGCAUGGCGGGAGAGAGGCCCGGUUGAUGGGCUUGGCUACAAGUUCGAGCUUGUUACUGAUGCGGGGUUCACGAGUGGGAUCCCCAUUGCAGAAGGCGCCAUGAAUGUAAAGAAAGGGGGGAGGUUUUGCAUAGAUAAUACAAGAAAACAGUCUGCUUCUUCUUCGUUAUCCCCGGUUCGGGGGUUUGUGAUGUGCUCGAGUGUUGAAGGCAAAAAUGGGUUCCUUUCGGUUCAGGUUGCAGUGAACCAUGUUAAUUGCAUGGCUGAUGCUGCUCUGUUUGUCGCCCUUUCGGCAGCCAUUGAUCUGAGUAUGGAUGCUUGCCAGCUUUUUUCGAGGAAACUGAGGAAAGAAUUCUGCCAUGAUGAACAUGAUUCCUACUCUUAAGCCACAAUCGAUCUCUCUUGUGCAGUGAUUACCACAUGAAAAUAUGAGUCCUGGUUUGAGCAGCAAGGAAGAUAACUAUUUUUACAAACAGAUUUUUGACAUUAUAUUUAUCACAAACCAUUACAUUAAAGAGGCAAGUAAGAGUGACAAAAUUGAGGAAUUUUUUUAAAAUUUUCUAUUUAUUUAUUUAUUUGUUGCUGUUUUUCUCCCCUCAACACAUAUAUAAAACUCCUGUAAUACAGAUGGACAGUGUACAGACAGGACGAGUGAUUUGUUUGUCAAAA